AUGGACGAGAAGUACCUGCCGGAGCUGAUGGCGGAGAAGGACUCCCUGGACCCGUCCUUCACGCACGCCCUGCGGCUGGUGAACCAAGAAAUUGAAAAAUUCCAAAAAGGGGAAGGAAAGGAAGAAGAAAAAUAUAUUGAUGUAGUCAUCAAUAAGAAUAUGAAGUUGGGACAAAAAGUUUUGAUUCCAGUAAAACAAUUCCCUAAGUUCAACUUUGUGGGAAAACUUUUGGGUCCACGUGGCAAUUCUCUCAAGCGCUUACAGGAAGAAACACUGACAAAAAUGUCUAUUUUGGGAAAAGGUUCUAUGAGGGACAAAACAAAGGAGGAAGAAUUGAGAAAAAGUGGAGAGGCAAAGUACUUCCACCUAAAUGAUGAUCUGCAUGUUUUAAUUGAAGUAUUUGCUCCACCAGCAGAAGCAUAUGCCAGAAUGGGACAUGCACUGGAAGAAAUCAAGAAAUUCCUCAUCCCUGAUUACAACGAUGAAAUCAGACAGGCACAGCUUCAAGAAUUAACAUAUUUAAAUGGUGGCUCAGAAAAUGCAGAAGUUCCAGUGGUUCGUGGAAAAGCAUCUAUUCGAGCAAGAGGAGUCCCAGUUCCUGCUUUGUCCAGGGGCCGUGGAGGAGUUCCUCCACCACCAGCAGGAGUUCCCAGAGGGGCACCAGCACCCAGAGGAGUGCCUCCCAGCAGAGGACCAGUCAGUCGUAGUCGUGGACUUCUAGCACCCAGAUCAAGAGGAGUGCCACCACCUGCAGGCUACAGGCCCCUUCCACCACCUCCUGCUCAGGAGACCUACGGUGAAUAUGAGUAUGAUGAUGGUUAUGGAACUGCUUAUGAUGAACAAAGCUACGAUUCCUAUGAUAACAGCUAUAGCACUCAAGCACAAAGUGGAGCAGAUUACUAUGACUAUGGCCACGGACUGAGUGAAGAAACUUAUGACUCUUAUGGGCAAGAAGAAUGGACCAACUCACGACACAAGGCACCUUCUGCAAGGACAACAAAAGGAGUCUACAGAGACCAGCCAUAUGCCAGAUACUGAUUGUACUGUCUGAUGUUGUGAAAUAUCCAGUCUUCACCAGUCCUGUAUACUGUUCAAAGUAAUUUUUUCUAUGAACAAUCCCUUUUUAUUAAAUCAAAGAGCAUAAAAAUCUGAAUGGAUGGACUGAACUUAAAAUAUUCUGUUGAAAGAACGACCUGGACAGAAGGAUAUGUAAAAAAAGGAACUUUGUUAUUUCCAAAGUGUAUUUGAAAGAAUAGGUGAUCAAAAAAAUAACCUUUGAUUAACUAGUGUUAAACAAAAAAAUAGGUUUACUAAAUAUGUUAGUCCAUUCUUUUAACAUAGCGUAACCUUUUAUUUUAAAGUUUUUCAACAAUUUAGUUUUUAGUUUUUAUUUUCAGCCAUUUGCUAGAUUUUCUCUUUGCAAACAUGAGUAAAAAGGGAAGCAAAUUACAAAUGCAAAUAAUGUGGUAUUUUGUAACUCAAGUCUUGAAAUGUUCUGUAGUGUUAAGCAAAGUUUUACCCUUGCUUGAUACUAAAUAAACUUUUGAAAGAAAA